GCCAUGGGCGGCCGCGGGUCGGGGGGCUGCAGGGCUGAGCCCCGCUGAGCCCCGCUGAGCCCGCCGAGCGGGCCAUGGGCGACCGCGAGCGCAACAAGAAGCGGCUGCUGGAGCUGCUGCAGGCGGCGGGCACCGGCAACGCGCACUGCGCCGACUGCGGGGCGGCGGAUCCCGACUGGGCCUCUUACAAGCUGGGCAUCUUCAUCUGCCUCAACUGCUCCGGCGUCCACCGCAACUUCCCGGACAUCAGCAAGGUUAAAUCCGUGAGACUUGACUUCUGGGACGACAGUAUUGUGGAGUUUAUGACCCACAACGGGAACCUCCGUGUAAAGGCCAAGUUUGAAGCCAGAGUUCCAGCUUUCUACUACAUCCCCCAGGCCAACGACUGCCUGGUCUUAAAGGAACAAUGGAUUCGAGCUAAGUAUGAGAGACAGGAAUUUAUGGCUGAUGGGAAAACCAUCUCACCCCCAGGUAACCGAGAAGGAUUCCUAUGGAAGCGGGGAAGGGACAACGCACAGUUCCUGAGAAGAAGGUUUGUCCUUCUGGCAAGAGAGGGCCUCCUGAAGUACUACACUAAGGAAGAGGGUAAAAGCCCUAAAGCUGUCAUCAGCAUCAAGGACUUGAAUGCCACCUUCCAGACAGAGAAGAUAGGGCACCCCCACGGGCUGCAGAUCACCUACAGGAGAGAGGGCCACAUCAGGAACCUGUUCGUGUACCAUGAAAACGGGAAGGAGAUAGUGGACUGGUUCAACGCCCUCCGCGCAGCCCGCCUGCAAUACCUAAAAAUGGCCUUUCCUGAGCUCCCGGAGUCUGAGCUCGUGCCCCUCCUCACCAGGAACUACCUCAAACAAGGCUUCAUGGAAAAGACUGGCCCAAAGCAGAGAGAACCUUUCAAGAAAAGGUGGUUCGCUCUGGACUCCCAGGAGCGGAGGCUGCUGUAUUACAAGCACCCACUGGAUGCUUUUGAGCAGGGCCAGGUUUUUCUCGGGAGCAAUGAGCAGGGAUACGAAAUAUAUGAAGACCUCCCCAAGGGCAUCCGAGGGAAUCGCUGGAAAGCCGGCAUCACUAUUGUCACCCCAGAGCGGAGAUUCGUCCUCACCUGUCCCAGCGAGAAGGAGCAGCGGGAAUGGCUGGAGAGUUUGCGGGAUGUCCUGUCUCGCCCCUUAACACCCCUCAACCUCAUCACAGCAUCAACAGAGAGUGGCUGCAGCGCCAGGUGACCCAUCUGCUGAGGAACCAGCGGACCACCAAACACCUGGAGCUCCCGGUGGGAAGGAGAGGUUCUCACCUUGGUCCUGGUUGCCCAGCAUUAGUGCCCUACAGUCAGCAGCCAUCCCUGGCAGUGAACUCUGCCAACACUGAAGCUGUGGCUUUAUCCGCCAGCUCCUUGGGCCUUCCGUGCGGCCCAGCCCUAGGGGUCUGGGGGUUUGGUACAUGGAUGAACACGUAUGCCUUCCUCCCCAUACACAUCCAGGCUUGAAACGUCCUUAAGGCAAAGAACUUCCAGAGGUGUGGCACUGAAAGAGGUGUAGAGUAAACAUAAAAAAAGGAAAAUAAAAUAAAAUAAAAACAACAAGUCCCAGAACUUUCUCACAUCUGAAAUGGAGGCAUUGCCAUGAAAAGGCCCCCAUGGCACCAUGCAAGUGGCAUCUUGCCAAAAAAAAUUUUUUUAAUCUGAAUCUCACCAUGAGGAAAUAAUCAGACAAAUCCACAUUCUGCUAAACAACUGGGAUGGACUCUUCAAACAUGUCAAUAUCAUGGAAGUUAACGUAGUCUGGGAACUGUUCUAGAUUAAAAGAGACCGAACAUGGCAACCAAAUGCAAUUCUUGAUUCUCCAUUGGAUCCUGGACCCUAUUCUUUCAAAGAACAGCUGUAAAGGACAUAACUGAGAUAAUUGGGAACAUUUGAAUAUGGAUGUAGAUUAGUUAACAGAAUUGUAAGAUUGUGAUAAUUAUGCUGUAUUUGUAUAGGAGAAUGUUCUUGUUCUUAGGAGAUACAUGCUGAAGUUAAAUUUAGGGGUAAAAUAUAAUGAUGUCUACAAUUGAUUCUUAAAUGGUUUAGCAAAAAAUAAGUUUAUGUGUACAUGUAUAUGUAUAGAGUAUGUAUGUGUGUGUACAUAUAUAUAUAUAGAGAGAGAGAGAGCGUGCACACCAUUGUGCAAAAUGUUAGCAACUGAUGAAUCUAGAUGAAGUAUAGAUGGGUGUUUAUUGUCUUAUUCAUGCAAAUUUUAUAUAGAUUUGAAAGUUUUCAAAUUAACAAG